AUGGGGAAGAGCUGCAAGGUGGUCGUGUGUGGCCAGGCGUCUGUGGGCAAGACUUCAAUCCUGGAGCAGCUUCUGUACGGAAACCAUGUAGUGGGUUCUGAGAUGAUCGAGACGCAGGAGGACAUCUACGUGGGCUCCAUUGAGACUGACCGGGGGGUCCGGGAGCAGGUGCGUUUCUACGACACCCGGGGGCUCCGAGACGGGGCCGAGUUGCCCCGGCACUGCUUCUCCUGCACUGACGGAUAUGUCCUCGUCUACAGCACGGACAGCCGGGAGUCCUUUCAGCGCGUGGAGCUGCUCAAGAAGGAGAUUGACAAAUCCAAGGACAAGAAGGAGGUCACCAUUGUGGUCCUCGGCAACAAGUGUGACCUGCAGGAGCAGCGGCGAGUAGACCCGGAUGUGGCUCAGCACUGGGCGAAGGCGGAGAAGGUGAAGCUGUGGGAGGUGUCAGUGGCUGACCGCCGCUCACUGCUGGAGCCCUUCGUCUACCUGGCCAGCAAGAUGACCCAGCCCCAGAGCAAGUCUGCCUUCCCCCUCAGCCGCAAGAACAAGGGCAGCGGCUCCUUGGAUGGCUGA